GCGUUAGCUCCGCCCACAGCAGCAGCAGCAGCGGCAGCUGAGAGCCCGACUCGGGAGGAGCGGGGAAAGAAGGGAAUUCGGAGUACGGCCGCCUGAAGAUCCGCACAGCGAUUCCGCCGAGAGAUAGACGCGGGUCCGAAUAAGAGCGCGUCGCCGUGAGAAUUAGGAAAGAGAAAUCAAGGGGGACCUGGCUGUCUGGCUGGCAGAAGGCGCGGGUAACACAGGCUGAGCGGACACCGCGUCUUGUCGCUUUGGAGCCAUGGGGAGUAGGAAAAGGAUUUAUUGAUCCGAACCAGCUAGCUAAGCGUUAGCGAGUUAGCUAGCUCGCGGCUAGUUACUGGUCUCCGCUGGUUACCAGUGCGUCCCAUUGCCUGGACUGGGUAAAUUCCUGCUGGCGGGGGAGCAGAGGGCAAUCGACGGAUUAAGAACUUGUUAAAACUUCCAGUGUAUUUUAAAAAAAGUCCUGCUAGCCGUAAUUGGGAAAUAGUUUUUUUAUUCAUUUUCGUGAAAAUUUUCCAGGCUUCAUCCAGUUUUUUAGGUAUUUUUUUGGAGGAGAUCCGACCCACUUUGUGCUUGAAGUGAAUACAACCUGGCCAAGGUUUAACUGAGAAAUCUGUUUUCGGUAUUUUUUAAAGAAUUUUAUUUAUUUGUAUCAUUAUUUUUGGACGUGGAAAAUGGAUGCGGGUAUAGAGAAGGAGUGCAGCGCUUUAGGAGGGCUCUUCCAGACCAUCAUGAACGACAUGAAGUCUAGCUACCCUGCCUGGGAGGACUUUGUCACUAAAGGAGCUAAGCUGCAGUCCCAGUUAAGGACGACCAUCCUCGUCACGGGAUCUUUCCUGGACGCCUUUCAGAAGGUGGCGGACAUCGCCACGGGGACACGAGGAGCUACUAAAGAGAUUGGUUCUGCUCUGACAAGGAUGUGCAUGCGACACCGAAGCAUCGAAUCCAAACUCAAGCUCUUUACUACAGCACUUACAGAGAAUCUCAUCACACCCCUGGAGCUGAAAAUCGAAGAGUGGAAGAAGGUGGCAAGUCAGCUAGACAAGGACCAUGCCAAAGAAUACAAGAAGGCACGGGCAGACAUCAAAAAGAAGUCCUCCGACACCGUGAAGCUUCAGAAGAAAGUGAAAAAGGGGAGGGAUGAUGCAAGAAUGCAGCUGGAUAAUGCCCUACAGGAUGUCAACGUGAAGUACGCCGUCCUGGAGGAAACGGAAAAGAAGGCCGUGUGCCGGGCGCUGAUUGAGGAACGCAGUCGUUUCUGCUCCUUCGUCAGCAUGCUGCGGCCUGUGCUGGAUGAAGAGAUAGGGAUGUUGGGAGAAGUGACGCACCUGCAGAGCAUCCUGGAGGACCUGAGCAUCCUCACUGCCGAGCCCAACAAGCUGCCCCCUGCCAGCGAACAGGUGAUCCUGGACCUGAAAGGGUCGGACUACAGCUACCAGACGCCGCCAGCUUCACCGAGCAACACCAUGUCCCGUAAGAGCAGCAUCAGCAGUAACUAUCAGUCUACCUCGGUCCGCCACGUCCCCUCCCUGGACUCCAUCUCCAGUGCCGUGGAUGGCAUCCACCUCCGUCCCCCAUCUGCCCACCUGCUUGAGCCAACACAGCGCACCCCCUCUCAGCGCGGCCCCCUCCAGCGUGCCCCCAGUCCCAUGCUGCGCUGCGAGGGCUGGGAAGGACCCCGUGCCCCAAGCGAGGGCGGCGUGGGCACCAUGGCCCGGCCCGGCACCGGGCCCCCCCGGAGUGGCGUGAGCGCGCGUACUGCCGCCCCAGGCUGCCAGCGGCCCCGCCAGGAACAAGGCAUGAUGAACAACGUGGCCCCCCGGCCGGGACAGGGCGGCCCCACCGCUGAGAAUGGUACUGGCGUCCCCCCCCCAUACGGCGCCUACCCCCACCACGGGGAGAGAGCCCGGGCCCUGUCCACAUCCAGCAAGCCACAGACGGCACGGGAGCAGCUGGCCCUGACACUGAGCAGUGGGCUGAACUCGGAGGCGCCGCACACCAGCCACGACUCGCUGCACUGCUCCAGUGGCUAUAGCACGCAGACGACCACGCCGUCCUGCUCUGAGGACACCAUCCCCUCGCACGCUAUAAAGAAAGACCCUCCUCUUUAUGAUUACGACUACAUCUCCCUCCACGGUGGGGAGGAGACGCACAACCAGCCCAACUUUGAUAAGUCCUCCACCAUCCCCCGGAACAGCGACCUGAGCCUGAAUUACCGCCGCAUGUUCCAGGCCAAACGGCCGGCCUCCACUGUCAGCCUGCUGGCUGACCCCGACCGCUACCCGCGACCCCCACACGUGGCCACCAUCCGCCGCAAGCCCUCUAGCAAGCCGGCCUUCCGCCGCGGCACCAUCAGCGGCGUGCCCAUCCCCAUCAGCACUCCCCAGGUGCCGGGGGGCAGUGGCGGCCGCUCGGACCUGGGCCACGGCCGGCCCGGCCUGUGCGUGUCCACGCAGAGCCUCAGCGCCACCUCCUCGCCGUACUGCUCCCUCAUCCCCGGGCAGCCUGUGAUGGUCCAAGUGGAGCAGCUGCACCAGUUUCCCAAACAGCAGCAGCUGCACCAUCUACAUCAGCAGCAUCAGCACCAGCAGCCGUUGCCAUGGCAGCAUCAGCACAAGCAGCAUGAGCAACAGCUCCAGUCGUACGCUCUCUCCAACCCGGGUGGCAGCCCCGUGGAUAGCAGUCCCUGCCCACACCCCUCCGUCGUCCAGCCAACUCCCCCUGCAGUGCUGGCGGAGGCGGGGCCAGAGCCCCCCGGGGGCGGAGACAUGCUGAGCAUGAUCCGCCGUGGGGUUAAGCUCCGACGGACUGUGUCCAAUGACCGCUCAGCCCCGAUGCUGACUCCCGGUCCCUAUAACUGAUGCCACUCCCCACCUCCCCCCUCCAUGGUUGACACAGUACUCUCUGCAUCUCCCUCUCCACUGCGGUUUCCUCCUUGACUUUCUCACCGGGACUCGGCUUCCUCCUCGACCCUUGAAGACAACCUGCCGUUCAGAGUCGUCACCCGGCAGAGUGGGUUCGCUCCGUUCUCUGUGUGACCUCAUCACGCCUCGGGCUGCAAAACUGAAACUGGGAAAAAAAAAAAACUCAUCAUUUAGCGUAUAGAGUCUUAAUA